CUGUCCGGUGCCGGCAGAAUUUACCCGCCUCGCGGCUGCUACAUCCUGACUAUGAAUCAGACACAGUUGGGAAUAAAGUUCAACUUCAAGUGGCACCGCAAGGCAUGCGGCGGCCUGCGGCCCCGCCUGGGCUGCUGGGUCUGUAGCCGCCUGCAUGCAGGUGGGCGCACACGGGGCCCUGGCACCCCCACAGGCAGGCCUUGGGGGAGCGAGCCCCCGUCACUACUCCGGGUUCCUCCAGGAUGGGGCUGAUAGUUGGCCCUGUGCUGCUCCGGUCCCACUCCUGGGCCCCUUUCCUGGGGAGGAACCCGGGAGUGACCGUAGCCUCAGGAGGGAAUCCGUGCUUCCACCAACACUGGCUGCUCCUGGGGAGACACGCAGGGAGACUUGUCUGUCUGGCCUCUUGAGCCUCUGUGACCCAGGGCCCCAGGCUGCAUGGUGGCCAGCCUCAGUUGUGACCGCAGCUUUAGUGCCCCACCCCAGCUGGACACACACACCAAGAGUCAGAGCACCUAAGGUGGCCAUGACCCUGCCCCAGCUGGGAAUCAGGAACAAGGCCAGAGGUCAGGCACACCCAUGAAGGAGCUGGAGUUGGGAAGUCCCCUCCCCACCAGCCCUGCCCCCUUCUCCCUCUGGCAGUGAGAACCGACCAGGACUCCAGCCUUCUCUGGGCCUCAGUCUCCCCACCUGCACCCUGAAGGGUGGGGACAGUUGCUCAGGUGUGAACCUCCUCUGUCGCCCAGCGGUGAGGGAGUUGGGGACCCAGAACAAAGCCCCAGACCCCGUCAUGGUGCUUCCCAGGGUGGCGGGCUUUGGGUAGUGCUCGCUGCAGCCCUCUUGUGGCAGCUGUGGGUGGGCGUCUGAUUCCAGGUCUGGAGUCUGAGACUUCACACUGUCCCCACUCCUCUCCACGCCGGCAUCAACUUUCUGCUCAAAGGGCCAGGUUGGAGCGGUAGGCCCGUCCCGACCACUGCCCAGGCCCACCCUCCCGUCUCUUCCACAAGAGUUCCCGGCCCCCAGCUCGGGGCUGACAGGUCAUCGGGGCGGGUGGGCAGGCGGAGGGGGCACUGCCGGGGGCGUGAACCCAGGUGACCAGGUAGGGCUGCCCCUCCCGUGACCCAUCCAGGCCUCAAGUCCUUUGAGGCUCCGCUCCUUGGCGGCAAAGAGUUAACCGUCGGGUGGGGGCCCCCGCUUUGUGGAGGUGCUGACAGGCUGUCGGAGCUAAUUGCACACACCUCACAUUUGGGACCUGGAAGCUGUACCCUGAAUAGAUUCCAUUUGCCUUUCAUCAAAGUGCAGUUGUUUUCCAGGUUGGAAAAGUUAGUGGUUUGUGGAACUGCAGGAGGGAUGGAUGGUAACUGGUUGAUGAUGGGCCGCCGCCCUGGGUGCAGGUGUGACCAGCUGGCCUGGCCUGGACCCUGGCGGGGGGGCUUUCCCUGAAGUGAGCUCGAGCCCCUGGCUUGUGAGGGCACCCAGAGGAGGAACCCAGAGGCGAGGUCCCCCCACGGUCUGAGGGUCUGUGGGCUGAAUGAAUGAAGGAGAGGAGGGCCGAGUGAACCAGCCUGCCGCGUUCCCACUGUGAUCUCUGACCCUCACGCCGUCCUGGGUAAGGGUGGGUCUUGGGAUUCUUGUCUGUUUCACGGGGAAGAGGAGACUGAGACACGGGGUGGUUCGGGGACAGAACCGGUGCUGUGCUCCUGGCAAGAGAUGUCUGUGAAGUCCCUGCUGUGUGCGUCAGGCUCAUGCUCCCCUCGCCGCUGUGGUAGCCGGAGCAUGGCAUCCACCACACUGGGCGUGCGGGACGUGCUGCCCCGGGGGCCAGGGGAGAACUGGCCGGCCCCUGGGGAGCACUUGGAGGCCAGGGCUGUCCCCCUGCCCCUUAUCACCACCGCAGUUCCCACAGGAAGAGCAAGCACAUGGGUGCAGCAGCCUCUGGGUUCCAGGCCCGAUGCCCUAGGAGUUAGGAGAGCUUUGUCCUGGCCAAGCAGCGCCCCCUGCCCCUGGCCCCCAAUGCGGGGAGGGGGUGCCGGCCCACCCUCAGGGCACCCACCUGUGUGAGUGCAGAGCAGAGCAGCCAACGCGGACGGACAGCUGCCCUGGAGCCUGGGAGCCGCCGGCCCAUCAGGGAGGUGGACCCUCCUGGCAGUGGCCGGGGGCGGGAGGGGCGGAAGCAGUCGCAGGUGGGUGACUGACGAAAAGGCCCCUCUCCCUGAGCUGUCUGAAGCAGAAGGGCAAGGGCCAAGGCCGCUUUCUUCUUCCGCCUGCCCGGCCUGCCCCAUCACAGCCCUCUGCCCUGCUGCAGCUUUCCCAGCUGCACCUCCCGGGUGCCCUGGGCAGCGGCCCCUGCUCACAGCCUGCCAGAGCAUCCUCAGCCCCCCCCAUCCUGUGAGCUGGGCCCAGUGGGAAGGGAGGGGGAGGGCAGACUGGAGGACCACCAGCUCCCAGGAGGUUGUGCCUGGGCCCACCCGCUCGGGAAGGUGGAGGCCUCCCUGGGAAGGGGUGCAAGGCCAGCGCUGCUGGAGGCCCGGCUGGCCAGGGCCAUUGAGCGAAGCCCUGCAUGGGUGGGAGGCGCACGCCUGGGGAGGUGGAGGCUGUCUCUGCUUCCUGUUUUGCAGGUGGUGCCACCGAGGCCUAGCAUCGAAGGGGAGUGCUGCGGCUAGAGGGUGCAGUGGGUCAGGGGCGAGGGGCGGGGCCGCGCGGCCCACGCUGGCCGCAUCACAGCCCUGGGCCGUGGUUUCCCUGCGUUUCCUCUGAGACCCCGCUCGGCUGUGUGAACAGAGGCCGGCCCCAGCCCCCGCUGUGCCACACAGUGCUGGUUCCCCCACUCCACACGCGUCACACAAUCCCCGCAGACCCAGCUGGUGGGGCAGGGGCUUCUCCAUUCCUGAGCUUGACCUUGGUCCUCGCCAAGUGCUGGUGGAUGUGGGCGUGGGUGCCAGCAUGGGCCCUGCCCAGCUGGGUGAGAGGGCCUCAGUCUCCCCGUCUGGCCUGGUCCCGGUCCUCUGGGGCCCUGGGAUGUGGCCUCGGUGUGCAGCCUGCCUCUCCCACCAUCCAUGUCCCCGAGCCCGUGUCCCCAUUUUUGCUCCAAGUAUGUACAGCUCGGCACUGCCGCCCGCGCACCGCAGCCGGGAAACAGACAUCUGCUCUUCACCCAGCCCCAGGGUGGGGAGGGGGUGCUGCCCGUCCCCCUUCCCGGCCUGGCUCCGCCGCCCCACGUGCACAGGCGUGAGUGGCCUGAGAACGCCAGCCCCGUGUGCCCAGAUCGGAUGCUGCCCACUUUGGGGACAUCCAUGGCCCCUGCCUGGUGUUUCCAGGCUAUCGACGCAGGGGCCGGGCCAGGCUGUGCAGCUGGAGGCAGAGCAGUCGGGGCCGCCUGUGGCAGGUGGCAGAGCGAUGGGAGGGACGGCCGGGACGAGGGCCCAGGGGUAGGACCUAGGAGGUCGCCUCCGAGAGGAGUAGGGGAGCCGCCUGGGAGGGGCCUUACUGGCCAGGCCCGGCGCCUGUGCAAACGGUACUGGCCCAGCCAACCCACGGUCCCUGGACAACAUUCUGGCCAUUUUGUAGAUGAGAAAACCAAGUCCAGGAUGGGCCUGGCCCCUCGGUGCCCGGCAAGGAACAGCACACAGCGUCUUGUGCCUGAUGCUCAGGAUCCCACUUACCCGGUAGGGCCGGGCUCCUGGCACUGGCUCUGGGGUGGGUGGCCCAGGGAUGCUGAGCGGGACUGGAGAAGAGGCAUGCUCCAUUCCAGCUCAGUGUCGGCCACGGCAGCCUGGCCGAGGCGACGUCGCGCACAGUGGACUGGUAGGCAGUGGGGCACAGCACUUCCUAGCAGCUACGGGCCCACUUUGCAGGUGGCAUCCGUGGAUCUGUUGGCAGACUGGGGUGGGGAGGUGGCACCAACAUGCUCAUCCCUGUGUGAGGACAGAAUCCAGGGCCCAGCAGGUCCUGUGUGUUGCCCAAGGGACACGGCCAGUCAGCAGCAGAGCCUGGUCUCAGCUAGAACUUGAGCUGUCCCCUGCCCCCAGGCUCUGGCUGCAGCCCUUGGCAGUGCCAGGCUGUGCAGGCUGGGCCCCUCCCUGCCAGUCUGCUGCUUUGUUCUCCCUACUCUGGGCAGGCAGCCUGGAAUGGGGACGUAGGACAGGCGGGGGUGGGUGGGGGCCCCCCUGGGGCAGGCAGUGGGUGGCCUUCAUGUCCUACCCCAAGACCCUGAGGCCUAGACAAUCACAGGGCGAUCAGGGCCUGAAGCUGGCCUACCCCUUUCCUUCCCUGGACACCAAGGGUCCUCCUCCCUGCUGGGAGAGGCCUUUCCUGAGGGCAGCAGGGGGCCAGGGGGAGGGACACGGGGCUUCCUGGAGGAGGCUGCUCUGAGCUCUGUCUGGUCUUGGAGAGAACCCAUGCAGAGGGGACGCUGGUGGCGAGCCUGAGGUCUGCGUGCGGCCCAGCGGAGCCCUGCAGGUGGAAGCUGUGGCCAGACGCCGCCUUGCCACCCACGGGGCCACCAAGUUCCUCGCCCUUGCUCACUCCCUGACCGCAGGUCUGCACCCAUCACUUCCCUCAAGUGUUCGUUGUCAGAGCUGACUGACCGCCAGAAGGCGGCAGUGGUCUCUGUCACCGUUGGCCCCUGAGCCGGUCCCCUCCCUCCCGGCCUGGGAUCCCCCAGAACCUGGACCAGAGCCCUGAGACUGGCAGAGGUGGCCAGGCCCUCUGGGCGCUCCCCCAUUGGCUCUGCUUGUGUGCAGCUGGGGAGGCCGAGGCCCAGAGACCAGGUGACAGCAGGAGGCGAGGACAGACCCGGUUCCUGUGAGCCUUCAGGGCAGUUGGAAGCAAAAGCUUGGCUUCCUGGUGUGGGUACCUCCACCCUUCCUGUCCUCUCUCUGCAUCCGAGCUGGCUCAUCCCCAGGGAAUAGGGCUCCCAGAUCACCCCCAGCCCCUUACCAGAAGCCCAGAUACCCACAAUGCCCAGCUCAGGGCUGCACUGCGGGGACCCUCCUCCCAAUGAGCCCAGGGUAGGGCGGCACCACCUGCCCCAGCUCCGGCUGGCUUUUCCUGUUCACCCGUGUCAGUUCCCUGCACCAGGACCCUCCCUGUGUGGCUCCCACCAGCUUCUGCUCCUAACAAGGAGGGUGUGAGCAGGCCACGUCGGUCAUGACUCCAACCUGGUCCAGAUCCUUGGGCACGGUGGGCCACCCAGGCCCCCGGCCCUUCUCCACUAACUAACCGUACAGAAGACCCAGCUCCCAGGUCCAUCCCUUCACCCCUGGUGACCCGAGCUGGGGGUGGACCUGCUCGAAGCCCAGCUCCCUCUGUGAGAUGCUGCUGGUCUCCUUCUACCAUUUUGCUUGCUCUGUCCCUUUAUAAUUAUGAAAAUGACCAUAUUCACCGUGGAUGCAUCAUCUCUUAGCGUUUGGCACGUGUCUCGUGUGACACGUCACAUUUCACGUGGCUGGAAUCCCACACAGUGCGCCUGGCACCCCGGUUGUCACCUCUGGGUUUUAAUUUGGUGCUGCCGCGAAUGUCUUGGUGCCCACCCACCUCCCAGUGGGCCCCUCUGUCCCGCUGCUGGAUGCAGUGAGGGCUCCAGAGGCAGGGGCCUCACACCCCAUCCUGGAGACGGCAGGUGGGGCGGGCAGGAGGGCUCCUUGGACGGGAGACGGGCCAGGGACCCGUGAGGACCCUGCGCACUCCACGCCCGGGUACGGGCAGGCGAUGGGUGGACGCGCAGUUCCUUCCCGGGGGCCCACUGUGCACAGGACCCCCUGCCUGGGAUGAGCCCAUGGGAGGUGACCCACACAGUUGAGUUGAGGCACCCUGAGGGCUCGGGGCCUGGUGAAGAUGACACAGGAGCCAAGAUUCUGGAAAGGAGGGGUAACGGGGUCACAGCAGGGCAGCCUCAGCUCCCCCUCCUACCCGGCAGGGCCCGGGCUGCCCCUGAGCUCCAGGAGGAGCUGCCAGGCAGUGGGAAAAUUUGGGUUCUUGUAGGAGCUAAAAAUACGGUGUGGCAGCCCCUGCCGUCCAGUUCCGGAACCCCCUCCUGCCGUUUUACGCCCACCCCGGGGGGAGACGAGCUGACUCUCUGCACCCGCCCCCGCCCUCGCUGGCUCUGGGCCCAGAAGCACCCCAGCCCGUUUGCUGAUGCUGGCAGGGCUACCCCAAAGCUGUCUCCCCAGCCUCAGGCAGCCAGUCCCCCUCACCGGCACCUUCCUUAGCCCUGGCCCCCGCUCCGGCCCCAGAGCGCCUCCUCCGCCAGCCCUUGCAGGGACUGGGGAACAGAAGGCCUCACCCACCUCCACAAGGUGCCAAGUGCUUACCCCGAGUCUGGGCUUCCUCACCCUACCACGCUGCUCAAAGUCCGAUGGAUCCGUGCAGGGCCUCCCAGCAGCCGUGCCCAGGACACAGCUCAGUGCCCAGUGCCUGCCUGGACCAGCUCGCCCUCUCUGGCUCAGUUUCUCCAUCUGCAGGGGCUGGUCUGGGAGGUCUGGGAGGCCAGCUUUGACCCUGCCCCCGCCAUACGCACGCACUCAGUUUGAUGACUGCCAAGCAGGGGCGGUGGCUUCCCGAGAGUGCACAGCUGCCCAGGCAUGAGGGUGCCCAGGCGGAGGUGCCAGCAUCACUGUGUCAGGCUGGCCAGGUGCAGGAGGAGAGCCAGAUGGGUGUCUGACAAAGUGGCAUCUGUGUGGGCUGGGCGAGUGCCCAUGAGCAGGACACCCGGAUCGUUGGGCUGACCCUGGGAAAGCUCAGAGGGAGACCCUACCUUCUGGAGUCCCCGUCCGAACGGGAAGGCAUGACCCGGUCCAAGUGGAAACUCCACGUUAAUGGAAGAAAAAAGGUGAACGUUAAGGAUCCACGGGCAACAUCCCACUAAUGUCAGAGCCUCAGGGUCUCUCUCUGCAAAGGGUCACUGCCCCUGUAGUUUUUGUGCAGGGGUGGGGCGGACUGCUUGGAGGACAGAUGGGGGUGCUUCAGUUGCCAAGGGACGGGGGCUGGCCUGAGCCACUUGAACUUGAACCCCUGGGAGCCCCACGUGGUCGUGCUCUUCUUAAGCCUGCUGUGCUGGCUGCAUAAAUCGGUCUGCCAUUCCAAAUUCCCGUGCUGGCCCUGCUCUGGGCAGGCUGGCCACACCCUUCAUCUGGGGGGGGCACCCCCCGCAGAACUGGGAACACAUUCCUGAGCUUGGGGCCCCGCCCUGACUAGACUACACUGGGUUGGUCCCCGUGGCCCCGCCAGGUCUCGGCACCUGGACUGGCUGCGCGGUGGGCCAGGGCUGAGCGGGGCCCGAGGGCAGAGAGGCAGGCAUCCACGGACAGGAUGACAAGAGCCGGGAGAGCCCUGCGCGCUCGCUCUGCCCACCGGGUGCAGCUUCUGCACGGAAACCCGCUGCAGCCCUCUGAGACACUUCACAGAUGGAGAACAGAGGGGCAGAGUAACUUCCCUGGGCGCACAGCCGGUGAGCCCAGGAAGGAGGCAGCAGCCUUCCACCACGCUCCCUCCCACGCAGCGUCCCGGGUGUUGUCAGGAAGGGCCGUCCCCACAGCCUGUGCCCCUGAGAGCAGUAAAGGUUAACUUCUUCCGGUGCUCGCUUUGGAAGUGCUCAGCCACCGCCCAGACGGGAACAGGCAAAGGCUGUUUAUUCCAAGCUGCUGCAGCCAGGGAGUUGUCUGCUGGCUGGUUACUACAGACAUAGAAUGUUAGAUAUACACAUACCCAUCUACAUGCGUGUUAUAUAAUAUAUGUUAAUACGUUGAAAUAUUUUCUGUGUACAGAAAGCUUCUUUACAGGAAAAAGGGGGCCUCGGUCAUGACGGGGGCUGCGGGACUGGGAAGCUGGGCGGCCCAUAAGACGCGGGGCGUCCACAUGGCUGGGGGCACAUCCGGUUUUACCCAGUUGGUCCUCAGUUGGAAGCGAGGACAAAAAUAGUGGAAGCCAUGGGUUACUGAUCAAGUCCCGGCCGUGGGGGGAUGUCACAAGGCGGUUGUAGGGCCUCCUGGGCUGUCGCUAGAGAUGGAGGUCUGACUUCCUGCAGGUCUGGCGCGGAGGGAGCAGGCUGCUUCCUGCGCUGGUUCCUGUGAUGGUGGCUGGGUGUCUCGGGCUGGUGGCUGCAGCCGUGGCUCAGAGUUCCGUGUUUAUAUAUGGUCUGGUCGUGGUCCAUUUAUGUAUUCAGUCUUUAUCCUGAAAAGCAGUUGGAACAUUUCUAGGAGGAUGUCCUUGGCCCAGGGCCUGACGGCCCUGGAUGAUGUUGGGCACCCUGGUGGGCAUCACGGAGGGAGAGAAGCCUCCCCACCUAAGCCUCUGGGUCACUAGCUGAGCUUGCUCUCCCAGCUGGAUGCCCUGUGCUCACUGGGCCGCGGCCAGCCGAGCCCUGCGCACCAUCGCUGCCCCACGCGGCGCCUGGGGCAGAGCUCGGUGCCAGGGCACGUGGCGUAGGACCCUUCGUGGACGGGUGGCGGGCAGGGCUGGUCCCCUGCCUUGCUUCCGCUCCCGCAGACCCAGGGCUCCCGUGUGGGGGGUCUUUCAGGACAGCAAGCCUGUGGGCCCGGGAAUUGGGUGUGUACUGGGAGGACGGGGCAGCACCGGGAAGGGUGGUUCUGGUGACAUGGGCUGCCUCUGCAUCCAGGGACCCCUGGGACUCUUGGCUGGCGAGGACACUUGGAGGCCAGAGUGCUGGCCUGGGAGAGUUCGCGCUCUGUCCACUCAGCCUGUGCCAAGCAGCCAGGGACUCGGGCCAGUGGAGGCGGGGCGGGAAGGGAGGGUCGGUUCUGGGUCCUCCUUAAGCGGCAGCACCCGUGGCGGGUGGCAGUGUGUGCGGAGGUCCGUCUGCCGUGCUCUCCGUGGUGCUGGUGGGAGCGGCCCCCUCCCCUCCACUGAGAGGCUGCCUGGGAGGGAUCAGGGCCACGGCUGGUACCGGGCAGUUCAGUGGUCAGCAGUGAUGAGAAGCCAGGAGAGUGUGAAGGGCAGCCGGUGGCAAGGCCCAGAAUCGAUGGGCCGAGGCAGCCGGAAGGUCCUGAGAAUCUGGUUCAGCAAGAUGUCGGUGAAGGAGGGCGCGCAGCGCAAGUGGGCAGCGCUGAAGGAGAAGCUGGGGCCUCAGGACUCGGACCCCACGGAGGCCAACCUGGAGAGCGCUGAGCCCGAGCUGUGCAUCCGGCUGCUGCAGGUGCCCUCCGUGGUCAACUACUCAGGGCUGCGCAAGCGCCUGGAGAGCAGCGACGGGGGCUGGAUGGUGCAGUUCCUGGAGCAGAGCGGCCUGGACCUCCUGCUCGAGGCCCUGGCGCGCCUGUCGGGCCGCGGCGUGGCCCGCAUCGCCGACGCCCUGCUGCAGCUCACCUGCAUCAGUUGCGUGCGUGCCGUCAUGAACUCCCAGGAGGGCAUCCAGUACAUCCUCAGCAACCAGGCCUACGUGCGCCAGCUCUCCCAGGCUCUGGACACAUCCAACGUGAUGGUCAAGAAGCAGGUGCUGGAGCUGCUAGCGGCCCUGUGUGUCUACUCGCCCGAGGGCCACGCCCUGACCCUGGACGCCCUGGACCAUUACAAGACGGUGUGCAGCCAGCAGUACCGCUUCAGCGUCAUCAUGAACGAGCUCUCGGACAGUGACAACGUGCCCUAUGUGGCCACCCUGCUCAGCGUGGUCAACGCCAUCAUCCUGGGCCCCGAGGACGUCCGUGCCCGCGCCCAGCUGCGCAGCGAGUUCAUCGGGCUGCAGCUACUGGACGUUCUGACGCGGCUGCGAGACCUGGAGGACGAGGACCUGCUCAUCCAGCUGGAGGCCUUCAGGGAGGCCAAGGCCGAGGACGAAGAGGAGCUGCUGCGGGUCUUCGGGGGCGUCGACGUCAGCAGCCACCAGGAGGUCUUCUCCUCCCUCUUCCACAAGGUGAGCUGCUCCCCGGUGUCUGCCCACCUGCUGUCUGUGCUGCAGGGCCUCUUGCAUCUGGAGCCCACCCUCCGCUCCAGCCAGCUGCUCUGGGAGGCCCUGGAGAGCCUGGUGAACCGGGCCGUGCUCCUGGCCAGUGACACCCAGGAGUGCACCCUGGAGGAGAUGGUCGAGCGGCUCCUGUCCAUCAAGGGGCGGCCCCGCCCUCACUCCCUGGACAAGGCCCACAAGGGUGUCCAGGUCAACCUCGGCCAGAGUCGAAGGGGCAGCUCCCCCCAAAACACCGGUGCCCCGACGGUGGGUGUCGGGGGCCAGCAGCCAGCAGCAGCCCUCGCCGGCCUGCACGUUGCCAGCAUCCAGGGCGAGAGUGGCAGGAUGGCGCCGCAGCCCACAGCCCCGGAGCAGCUGGAGCCCACCCCGCCCCCAGCUGCACCCCCCCUCCCUGGCACCGCAACCUGUCCCCCGCCCCCGCCCCCCCCACCUCCUCCACCCCCCCCCCUGCCGAGCGUGGGGGCGGGGUUUCCCCCCCCCCCACCUCCCCCACUGCCUGGCCCUACUGGGACCAUACCCCCCCCGCCUCCACCCCCAGGCCUGGGGUGCCCGCCCCCGCCCCCGCCCCUGCCGGGCACCUCCGGGCCCCCUGCAGCGGGCGGCACGGAGGAGAUCACCGUGGCCCACAGCCUGGGCUCCGCCUGGGUCCCCAGCCACCGGCGGGUGCAGCCCCCCACUCUGCGCAUGAAGAAGCUGAAUUGGCAGAAGCUGCCGUCCAGCGUGGCCCAAGAGCGCAGCUCUAUGUGGGCGUCACUGAGCAGCCCGGACGCUGAGGUGGUGGAGCCUGACUUCUCCAGCAUCGAGCGGCUCUUCUCCUUCCCCGUGGCCAAGCCCAAGGAACAAGCAGUGGCCCCAGCCAGGAAGGAGCCCAAGGAGAUCACUUUUCUGGACUCCAAGAAGAGCCUGAACCUCAACAUCUUCCUGAAGCAGUUUAGAUGCUCCAACGAGGAGGUCACCGCUAUGAUCCGGGCUGGGGACACCACCAAGUUUGACGUGGAGGUUCUCAAGCAGCUCCGCAAGCUCCUUCCCGAGAAGCACGAGGUUGAACACCUGCGCUCCUUCACAGAGGAUCGGGCCAGGCUGGCCAGCGCCGACCAGUUCUACCUACUCCUGCUGGAUAUCCCCUGCUACCAGCUCCGGGUCGAGUGCAUGCUGCUGUGUGAGGGUUCGGCCGCUGUGCUGGACAUGGUGCGGCCCAAGGCCCAGCUGCUGCUUGCCGCCUGCGAGGGCCUGCUCGCCAGCCACCGGCUGCCCGUCUUCUGCCUGCUGAUCCUGAAAAUCGGGAACUUCCUCAACUACGGCAGCCACACCGGGGACGCAGACGGCUUCAAGAUGAGCACACUGCUGAAGCUCACAGAGACCAAGGCCCAGCAGAGCCGCGUCACGCUGCUGCACCACGUGCUGGAGGAGGUGGAGGAGAGCCACCCAGACCUCCUGCAGCUGCCCCAGGACCUGGAGCCGCCCUCCCGAGCGGCAGGGAUAAACCUUGAGAUCAUCUACUCGGAGUGCAGCAGUAACCUGAAAAAGCUUCUGGAGAUGGAACGGAAGGUGUCUUCCUCCAUCCCGGAGGUUCAGGAGCAGUACUCCCAACGUCUCCAGGCCGGCAUCACGGCCUCCCAGGAGGUGGAGGGGGUGUUCCAGGCCAUCAGGCAGAAGCAGCUGGAGCUGGCCGCCUACCUGUGUGAGGAUGCCCAGCAGCUGUCCCUGGAGGACACGCUCAGCACCAUGAAGGCCUUCCGGGACCUCUUCAUCCGCGCCCUGAAGGAGAACAGGGACCGGAAGGAGCGGGCGGCCAGGGCUGAGAGGAGGAAGCAGCUGGCGGAGGAAGACGAGGCCCGCGGGCUGCGGGGCGAGGGUGGGAAGCCUGUCAGGCAGGGAGGCGGGAAGCAGGAGGAGGUGUGUGUCAUCGACGCCUUGCUGGCUGACAUCAGGAAGGGCUUCCAGCUGCGCAAGACGGCCCGUGGCCGAGGGGACACGGCCGCAGACCCCCCGAGGAACAAGGCACCUGCGGCCACCAGGGAUCCUGUGGGAGGCACCAGCCUCCCCACGUCGGAGCCUGGUCUCGAUGCUGCAGCGGCCAAGGAGCCCCGCGGCUGGGGUCUCGCGGAUGCCGCCCCCAGCAGCCCCCAGCCCGCUGGAGACUCAUCAGAGAAGGGUGGUCCUGGGUCCCUGGAGAGGCGUUCUUCCUGGUACAUGGAUGCCAGUGAUGUCCUGGCCACCGACGACCCUCUGGGCCCCCAGCCCUCAUGGGUGCUGGGAGGCACUCAGGCCCUGAAGCCGCUCACCUUCUCCAGUGACAAGCCCUCCGAAGCAACGGGUUUGAGCCAAGACACCGAGGAACCCACGGCCGCUCCGGGCACCCGCCAGGCCGAGGCUGACACCACAGGCGAGGGCACAGAGGAUGCAGCCGCCCGCGGCCGCGGUGCCGGCCUCCCUGCCGCAGGCCGUGGCGGGGACGGAGACGAAGAUGAGCGCACAGCCCCGGACUCCGCUCUGGACACCUCCCUGGACAGGUCCUUCUCCGAGGAUGCCGUGACUGACUCAUCAGGGUCUGGCGCCCUCCCCAGGGCCCAGGGCCGGACGUCAAAGGGCACAGGCAAGCGAAGGAAGAAGCGCCCCUCCAGGAGCCAGGAAGAGGUUGCCCUUGACCCUGACGAUAAUAAAACAAAAAGACUCUGUGUGAUCCAGUAAGGCCUCAGACCCCGGCCCAGAACCAAGUGAGAGGACCCACAGCAGGACCGCUGGACGUGCUGCCGAGCGGGGCUCCUCCGGGGCCAGGCUGGGACCGGCCCCCGGGAAACCAAAACCCUGUGCCUUACCCAGCCAGUGCCGCGGUCUCCCGGAGCCCUGGCAGGGGCUUGCGGCUGGGACCCCAACGGGCACUGGGGCCCGGCCCGCCUGGCGCCUUCCUGGCCUGCCUGAAUGCCCCCAGCCCCUCGCGGUUUGCUUUCUAAACGCCG